UUGGCAACUUUAGCUACCAUUUAAGUUCAUUCUCUAGCCUCAACUAUAAGUAAACUGCUUCCGUAAGACAUUUUGAUCAUCAAGCAGAUAGAACUUAAUCAGACCUUUUCAAAGAUCAUAAACUUUUUUCUUUCAACUAUCGCAAAUAAACCAAUAUGAUAAGUGCUAAGGGACUGAUCAAGAGGGCAAGGAAAUGGCAGAAGUUCGCAGCCAAGCAGAGGAAUGGAAUUUCUUUUCCAAGAACCAAUUACCAUGAUGCAGAGAGUUGUAGCACGUCCUCUUCUAUAGUUGGUAAAGGGAAUUUUGUGGUGUAUACAACUGAUCAGAAGCGAUUUGUGGUUCCUUUGGCUUAUCUUCAACACAAGGUAAUCAGACAAAUGUUACAUAUGUCUGAAGAAGAGUUUGGGCUUCCAAGUAAUGGUCCUAUCACAUUACCAUGCGAUGCCCUAUUCAUGAAUUAUAUCAUAUCACUCAUCAAAAGAGGUGUAGCUGUAGAUCUUCAGAAUGCUUUGCUUGUAUCAGUCGCUUCUAGUCGAUGCUCAUCAGCUUCAUACCUUCAUGAACAAAGAAACCCGCAAUUGCUAGUUUGCUAAGCAGACUGUGAUAACUUUUGUAGUGGAUACAUGAUACUCAACAAGUGUACAGGAUAUUAACAUCAAAUUUCUCAUCAAACAUUCCAUAUUCUUGCCUCCAAACUGUUUACUUUUUAUAAUUUGGGAAAUUCUGAUUGCAUAUCCUUUCUCUGUAGUAGUCUUGCACCUAAAAAUAUAUAGCCUAUUGUUUUCAAAAUCACUGGUUAAGUUGAUAUGCUCAAUUCAUAGAACGUAAUGUCAAAAGCUUCAUUAA